GGUCCGUUAACUAAAUGUCUCGGUCCUGCCUUCCCCUCCGGUGUCUGAGCCACAGUCACUUCGUUGUUACUCACUGAUGUAUUUUAUCUUAGUUACCCUAAUCAUCAGGGAAACAGUUUGUGUUGUAGGCCGCUAUUUAAAGGAGAAAGAUUCAGUUUCGUCUCAGCUGGAGUAAAAGUUAAAGUUAGCUUCUGAAGUAGGUUAAAGGUUUCUGUACAGAAGUCACGAUGGCUCCUGAAUUAAAGGCUCGGCAUGUCCGUCAACAUGGACUCUGAUAAUGACGUGCUGAUGAAGGAAAGCAUCAAGAUGAUGACUGAUAUGAUCGUGCUGUGUGCCACUCUGGCACUGUCCCUCUUCUUCUGGGUCAUCUCCCUCACCAUCAGCACCUACUACGGAACACUGCAGCCUGUGUCACCGUGGCGAUGGCUGUUCUCCAUCUUGGUUCCUCUUGUGCUGACGCUCCGGGCGCUGAAGAGAAGCAGUCUGACCCACUCAGGAGCUCUGGGAGGUGUGUGAUUACCACGGCAGUGAUCAGAGCUUCAAAGCGUUCAGCCCUGCUGGUGGGAUUUGUGUUGACGAUGGCCAACUACAGCUUCUUCUCCGCCCUGCUGGCCUUCUUCAUCACCUCCUCCAAACUGACCCGCUGGGGAGGAGCACAGAAGAAGAAAAUAGACGCUGAGUACAAAGAAGGGGGGCAGAGGAACUGGGUCCAGGUCUUCUGUAACGGAGGAGUUCCCACAGAGCUGGCACUGCUUUAUAUGAUCGAGGUGGGUCCAGGUGAGAUCCCCAUUGACUUCAGCAAACAGUACUCGGCCUCCUGGAUGUGCCUGUCUCUACUGGGCGCGCUCGCAUGCAGCACCGGGGACACCUGGGCAUCAGAGGUGGGGCCCGUCCUCAGCCAAUCACAGCCGAGACUCAUCACCACCUGGAAGGAAGUUCCUGCAGGAACAAACGGAGGGGUCACGACUGUCGGACUUGUCGCCAGCUUCCUCGGUGGGUUCGUGGUGGGCGCAGCGUACUAUGCAACACAGCUUCUAAUGGUCAGCGACUUGCACCUGGCGGACCCUCAGUGGCCCAUCAUGAUGUAUGGCGGUGUGGCUGGCCUGCUGGGGUCGAUGCUGGACUCUUUCCUGGGAGCUCACAUGCAGUACUCAGGCUUUGACUCAAGCAUCGGGAAGGUGGUGAGUUACGAAUCUGCCACCACCCGGCGGAUCUGUGGGAAACCCAUCUUAGACAAUAAUGCUGUCAACCUUUUCUCCUCCGUCCUCAUCGCACUCAUCCUGCCCGGGCUGGCGUGGGGGAUGUGGCCACGAUAGACUGACAGAUGGAUAAACAACACGGAGCCAGACGACCUAUCACAGACAGAAUUAUUAAAGACAUUUGAGUAAAGUGUUGGUCACACUAAAGGUUAAAACAACAACACUCUCCUCCUGUAUUAAUACAGGACAUUAUGUUGGACAUGCUGAGAGGCUCUGAUGAAGAGGAAAAUAAAUACUGAGUAAUGAAAACUUUGUGCAGUGUUUCAUACAUUAACUCAACGAUGUCCUACAGAUGACUGCACAUAUACAUCCCAAUAAAACAGAUACUACUGAUGGACAGGCAAGAAGUGGGGCUACUUACUCAUAAUAUAAACUGAAAGCCAAAAAAGUACUACAAAUAAAAUCCUGACAUGACUCUUCAAAUGUCUGUGUUUUAAUCAUCUUCUCUAAUUAUCAAAUUUCACUUUGCUUUGCCUCUUACGUUAAAAUAUCAGAAUAGGCAAAAAAGUGAUGUAAACAAUGGAGAUCACCUCUGCUGGCCAUUGAGGACCUAUCUGUGACUGAAAGUGUUCAAUAAACUCAACAUGUUAAUGAUA